AUGCAUGUGUCUGCCGUGUUGUUUGAUCUCGACAAGACGCUGUUCGAUCACGUGCAUUCGCUUCACCAGGCAUUGAUGUCAUGUCGGGCGUCUUUUGAGGAGCUGCAGCCAUUCAGCCCGGCGCAGCUUGCCGAAGCGUACUGCAGAGGGCACGAUAGAGCCUACGCGAAACACAUUUCUGGGGAGAUCACCAUACAGCAGACGGACGUUGUCAAGGUCAAGCUGUUCUACAAGUAUCUCGGUCUUGCUGAGCCACGCUCGCGCUGGGUCCGCGAUGAGUUUCGGAGAAUCUACAAGCCCGCCUAUCGCGACUCGAGACGCGCUGUCGCAGGGUCCAAAGACAUGUUAAGGACGUUGCGAGCGCAUGGGAAGAAGGUUGGCGUGGUGACGAAUGGGGACCACAGUGAGCAGAUGAACAAAAUCGAGAUCCUUGGGCUCGCUGAAUUGUUGGACUGUGUCGUCACGUCGGGGGAGCUGGGAUAUUCCAAGCCGGACAUGAGGAUCUUCCAGCACGCACUGGUCAAAUUGAACGUGCAGCGCUCCGAGACGGUCAUGGUGGGAGAUUCGGUGCAGGCAGACGUCAAGGGAGCCAUUGCAGCCGGGUUCGCUAGUGUGUUCCUCUUUGCACCCGAGGCGCACGAAGACGUCCGAGAGGUCUUUGGCUGUAAAGUGCCCGUUUUGAGGAGCAUGGGGGAUCUGCUGUCUCAUCUCGAAUUAGAAUCUGGGGCGCAGGUGAUAUCCGGGGAUGGCAGGCCAAGUGCCGCCGGAGCCGAAGACACUUCAGCCGGAGCCGAGCCGCCCCACACAGUAGCAUCCAGUCUUGAGAAGUUGAGCUAG